CUCGGAACGAAUUCCCAAGACACGCGUGUCCCUGAGAAGGCGGUCUUGCCGCAAGAUCCAGAUGGCUGCACCGGCAGAAUGACAUAUAACCUCGCCGUCGGACCCGGGCACCCGUUCCUUUUUUUCUUCUUGCCUCAUGUCCACUAUAAUGAUAUCUUCCCUUAUUGUGCUGUAGAUCACCACUUCCAGUCUUAUCAUCUACUUCUAACCGGCUUACUACUCUCAUACUCUCAUACUCUCAUACUCUCAUACUCUCAUAUACCCCCACGCCAUCAUGAGGACCGCCAGCGUCAUCAGCCUGUGCGCGGCCGCAGCACUGGCCCACGACACUGUGUACAACCACAUCACACCUGCCGACUCCUGCCGCUCAUCAUCGCUCCUAUCACAGAACACCUUCCCAGAGCUGGCGGAUCCCAUAUGCACGGGGAGCAAGGAACACUCAGCUUCGCCGUUUGCCAACCAGAACGCCAGCUCGCCAUGGACCGACAUUGGCCCUUGCUUCGAGAGCGACAAGAGGAAGUACUGCGUCUACACGAGCAAGACCUUUGCCGGCGACAGGGGAGUCUCGGUCGUGACGAGGCCGGACCGGGCCGAGUACUUCAGCAACAUCGAGCCCUUUACGAACCCGGAACUCACCAGGUAUAUGAACAAGGACCUGGACCCAGACUAUGAACAUUCCUACAAGGCGGUCAAGGUGCCCGGCAAGGGCAUCGGCCUGGUGGCGCUCAGGACCAUCGAGCGCGGGGACCGCAUCAUGAGCAACACGGCCUCCACCAUGGUCGACUACGGCGCCUUUGACGCUCUGACGGUCGACCAGGUGCGCAUGCUGCAGACCGACGCCGUCGACGGGCUACCGCCGCGCCACCGCGCCGCCGUCAUGAACCUGUCCACCCACGUCGAGAUGGAGAUGACGCACCAGACAAAGGUCAGCCGCCUCAUGUCCACCAACGCGUUCGACAUCGACGACCACGACAGCGAGGGCGACGCCUUUUGCGCCAUCUUCCCCGAGAUCUCUCGCAUGAACCACGACUGCAGGCCCAACGCCGACUACUACUACGACCCCCACACCCUGACCCAGCACGUCCACGCCGUCCGCCGCAUCAACAUCGGCGAGGAGAUCACUGUGUCGUAUAUCGACCCCUUGCAGUCUCAGGCCGCUCGCGUCGCGAGGCUGAACAGGACCUGGGGCUUCCCCUGCGGCUGCUCCCUGUGCCAGCAGGUGGAGCACGUGGCCCGGGAGUCGGACAACCGGCUGAAGCAGAUCAUGGAGCUCCGCGAGGAGUUCCACGACUACACGACGGCGUCCCGGGCGACGCCGCAGAUGGGCGAGCUCAUAGUGUCGCUCUACGACCAGGAGCGCCUGGACCUGCUCAAGUACGAGGCGCACACGUACGCGGCCAUCGAGUGGAACGGCGUCGGCGAGCCGUGGCUCGCCACCAAGCACGCGCGCCUGGCCGUCGAGCACGGCCUGACCAGCGUCGGCCCCGGCGACAACGACGUGGCCGAGAUGCAGGCGCUCGUCAAGGAUCCCUUCAAGCACUGGAGCUGGAUGCUCCGCACCAGCAAGCGCAUGAGCUGGGGCAAGACGAAGGGGGAUAAAACUACCUAGACGCUCAUGCGCAUCAGUGUGUUGUAUCAGUGCGUUGUUUUUCUUUUGCAUAAGGCUCAAGGCGCUCAGGUCGCAUGCAGCUCUUUCCAGGAUAGUUUGGCGUUGGGGUUCCACGUAGUUCCUUUUAGAAGCGCUUUUCAUUGCUCAUGAAGCCAACCAAAUAAAAAUCGUCGCUGUUCGCCUCUCG